UCGUCUUCCAUCGGUGGAACUUGGCCCGUCCAUGCACUGAAUCCGCCUUGUUUUGUUUUCCUCUUCGGCAUGGACUCUCAGAAAGAGGCCCUACAAAGAAUAAUCACCACGUUAGCAAAUAAAAAUGAAGAGCUUCACAAUUUUAUCGAGACGCUGAGUCACCUGCUGGCAGGAGUUCAGAUUAACUCCAACCAGGUCAUGUCUGAUUUGGAUGAGGAGUUUGACACGCUGUUUUCCAUCCUGGAAGAAACCAAGCAGAGUAUGACUAACACCAUCAAACAAGAACAGGCCAAGAAGUCACAAGAAUUGCAGAACCAGUUGACUCAGAGCACGAACGCCCUGGAGAGUGCUGAGGAGCUGCUGGAGUUUGCUCAACAUGCACUAGAAAUCAAAGAUGAGGAGGUAUUUACCAAGGCUGCCAAACAGAUCAAAGAUAGGGUAACGAUGGCUCCUGCCUUCAGGAUGACUAUGAAGCCCAAAGCCUCAGACAACAUGACCCACCUGAUGGUGGACUUUUCCCAGGAACGCCAGCUUCUCCAGGGUCUUCGCUUCCUCCCAGUCCCUAGAGCACCAGAAAUUGAUGUCCAGGACUGCAUGGUGAUGGACAAUGCAGUAACCGUUGUGUGGAAGAUGCCGGUGGAGGACAGCAAAAUCGACCACUACAUUCUGGAGUACAGAAAAACCAACCAUGAAGGUUUGGUGCGGGUAAAAGAUGAGCACUGCUGGGAGAUUGUGGAUAACAUCAAGAGUACAGAGUACACGCUGACGGGCUUAAAGUUUGAUUCCAAAUUUAUAAACGUUCGGGUUCGAGCGUGUAACAAAGCAGCGUCCGGAGAAUAUUCUGAUCCUGUCACGCUGGAAACCAGAGCAUUUAACUUUGGCUUCGACUCGUCAUCCUCACACUUAAACCUGAAGGUGGAGGACAGCAGUGUGGACUGGGACCCACAGGCAGGCAAAUGUUUGGACAGCAAGGUGAAAGGGAAGGAAAAUAAGGGCAGCAGUGCACACCUCACUAAUCUGAAGAACAUGACAAGAAGUGGAACUCCGUCUCCUAAAAGAGGGUCGACUCCUCGCUCACCAGCUCCGAGAGGAGGGAGAGAUCGCUUUACUGGAGAAUCCUACACAGUACUGGGUGACACCAGUGUCGAGUCGGGUCAGCACUACUGGGAGGUGAAAGCUCACAAAGACUGCAAGUCCUACAGUGUUGGAGUGGCCUAUAGGAACCUGGGCAAGUUCGACCAGCUUGGCAAGACCAACACGACCUGGUGUAUCCAUGUGAAUAACUGGCUCCAGAACUCCUUCGCAGCCAAACACAAUAACAAGGCUAAGACUUUUGAUGUGGCAGUCCCAGAGAGGAUAGGAGUCUACUGUGACCUGGACGGAGGUCAGCUCUCGUUCUACAAUGCAGAUAAUAAACAGCUGCUUCAUACGUUCAAGACAAAGUUCACUCAGCCGGUUGUGCCGGCCUUUAUGGUGUGGUGUGGUGGUCUGAGCCUGACGACGGGUUUACAAGUACCCAGCCCAGUUAGAAGCUUCCAGAAAGCUGAAAAUGGAUUAGGAUCCAACAGCAGUCUGAACAGCAUGGCACAGUAACCUAACCUGGCUGGUUCUAUAAUGAACCAAACUAAAUUAGGACUGGUUUUCUCUUUAGUUUGGGAUCCUUGGUCAAUGUCAAAGGACACAAACAACAUCCAAAAAUGACCCAUAAGCUCAGACCUCUCCUGCUUUCUGUCAAACAUACUGUAUCAUUCAGUGUUGGAAUACUGUGAAGCAUCAUGGGAAGUUGUGUCUGCACGAGAAACACACUACCGCUCCUACAGCUACCCUUUAUCUAUUUUCGGUAUUAGGAGAGCUUCAUCUUUCUCUCUCGUUAUGAAUAAUUUUAGCUGCUUUAUCAGGGAAUAGCCAUGUGCACUUUUUCUUAUUACAUUUAGGUUGAAUUUGUCUUUGUUUUCAUUUUUAAAUAUCAUUUCUAACGCUGUGUUUUACAGUCAAGCGAUGUCCAGUCCUGUAUGCGUUGAUUUGUUGUAUUAUUUUAUUGAAAUAUUUACGUUUUAGCAUUUACUAUGUAUGUUUAUGUGAGUAUGGCCUUUGAGUGUGGGUGAUGAUAACCUUCUGUCUGAUGAAGGCAUUUUCCUUGGACUUUACUUAUUCUUUCAUCAUUUGUAGUUUUUUUUAUUGUUAUAUAAAGCGGUUAAAUAAGACUGUGGAAAACUUG